AAGCGUAGUAGAGUGUCUUUUAUUAAUAUAUUAAUGUAAGUAUUAAAAAUGUAACAUUACUUUGGACACUUAAAAUAUAUGGAAACACUAUUAAAAUUUUCAAGUUACUUAUCUACAGAGGAAACGAGAGGAGUGAGACUUGGGGAUUUGGGUCUUCCAAACAUCAAUGCCCAAUCUCUUUGAGUGUUGAAAGGAACACAACAAAGCAGCCAGAGAUUCUGUAGCAAAGGGGUAGGUGCACAGAGGAUCUUCACAUUGUUCCUUAGGUUUGAAAUCUGGUACGGUCAGACACGGGAAGCAGAGAAACACUCGGGCAGGCUUAUGUAUGCAUAGCCCCUGCAUGGGUGUGGCGACCAGUUGGCCAUUGUGAGGCGUCACCAAGAAUGAUGCUAUAGUGACUCGAUGGACGUUUCAGACUUCGCUCACUCCCAGCUUGGAUCUUGGAGCAGACGUCUCUGUAAGAAGAUAUAUAUGGCUUUCUGCUCUUCAUAAAGUCGGGAUGAGAAAACGAAUGGUGUUCUCCGAUCUGUGAGCUCUCUGUAACUUGUGGGAAGAGACGAGUGAAAGACCAAAGCAGAGGAAGGAUGAAUAGCCCUUUCAGGAUUGUUCUGAAGAAUCCAGCCGUACCUCAGGGCGAGAGCUCCCGAACAUGUACUUGUGUCACUUUGCAGAAUGAUUUCCUUUUGAUCUUGGAGACAGGCCCUCAGACCAUAGGCCAGGAUGACCUUAAGUUAGGGCAAUUCUCAGACUAAUUCUGGGAUCACGCCAGCAUCCCCUGCUGAGAUCUGAUGCCAAUUGUGUACACUGGUGGCCUAGCUACCCGUGAAAUGACCCAACAAAUGUUCUUCCUUCUUGGAGAAAAUCAUUUCCAGUUUCCUCUGAAGCUUCCAACCACAGUACUUCCUGUGGUACACCGGCCAUUUGCUCUGUUGAACACUGAGUGAUCACUGUGGACAAGGGGGAAAGAUUAAGACAGAGGAGCCAUGUUUUUUGGAAGAAUGGACCUUGACAGUGGUAACAAACCAUACAGAGGACAUGCUCUGUGGCCACAGCCUCAGCCAGGCUGCGGCCUAUCCAGAGCUUGGUCAGCGUCUGCACACUAAGCCAGCGAGGUGUUUACUGAACCCUUGGCUGAGAAUGAAGAACCCAGGGGUUGACAUACAUUCUGAGCUAACAAUGGUACGUCCUCUGGUAAGAACACACUUCCCAUAAGGAAAGGGGAGCCCAGUCUGGUGGGUGAACCAAGUCUGCUGCCCCUAUCAGGAGGAGAGGAGGGCGAAAAUACUGUAAUAGCCACCAUUAGAAACAGAGAGAACACCUGCACAGGAGGAAUGCUGCCUGCUAUAAAAACAGACUGUUGCUGGGUGACCUUAUUUGAGAAGAGGAGCCUUGAAGAUCACAGUAAUGGCGCAGGCUUGCCCUAAGUGGCAAGAUCCCACAGGUUACGUGAAGGCAUAGAAAGAUUUUCACAAAGCGGAGCCCGAGAGCCAAUUUUUCUAGCUUAAAAAAAAAUAGGAAAAAAAAUUGGAAAAUACGUUAGUGCAGUAAUUUUAAUUUAAUUCAGCUCACCAGAGCUGUGAUUAACGCCUAAACAACACCCUCUAGAGAGUAAAGCCUCCUUCGAUCUGUGGUUUCAAGAAAUGCUACCUCGGAGGGAAAGGGAGGAGGAACUCUCCUCUUAGUUGCGGUUAGCACUGUCUGAGAUUCUGCCACUGAGCCCUGGUUGUGGCUCAGCAUGAUCAAGUAGAGGGAGCCAGGCUGCUUAGGUUCUGUAUCCAGGGAAUUUAAGUUUCUCUUUGUGAGCCGUGGUUCACAAAGCCCAGUUGACGUCAUACUUGUGUAGGUGGCUUGGUGAGAGACUCACUUCCGACACCCUUUGGCCAACUAACUUGCCAUGUUAACUGGAUCAUGGAAGAUUAUCCUAAGUACAGUGUUUGCAUCAACUUUUCUUCUUGUUGGACUUCUAAAUCAUCAGUGGCUUAAAGAAACAGAGUUUCCUCAAAAACCCAGACAAUUAUACACUGUCAUUGCAGAAUAUGGCUCCCGGCUCCACAAUUACCAGGCCAGACUUCGCAUGCCUAAGGAGCAACAGGAACUUUUAAAGAAGGAAAGCCAGACUUUGGAGAACAAUUUUCGUGAAAUUCUGUUUUUAAUUGAACAAAUAGAUCUUCUGAAGGCGUUGCUUAGAGACAUGAAGGACGGCGUACACAAUCACAGCUGGCCUGCCCAACGAGAAGCUGUGCAGGACCAGGCCACUGCUGAAGUUCUAGAUGAGGAAAUGUCAAACUUGGUACAUUAUGUACUUAAAAAGUUCAGAGGGGACCAAAUACAGCUGGCUGAUUAUGCCCUGAAGUCAGCUGGAGCCUCUGUCAUUGAAGCUGGGACUUCAGAGAGUUACAAAAAUAAUAAAGCAAAACUGUACUGGCAUGGGAUAGGGUUCCUCAACUAUGAGAUGCCUCCGGAUAUGAUUCUUCAGCCAGAUGUCCACCCUGGAAAGUGCUGGGCCUUUCCGGGUUCCCAGGGUCACAUCCUGAUUAAGCUGGCCAGGAAGAUCAUCCCAACAGCAGUUACCAUGGAGCACAUCUCGGAGAAGGUGUCCCCUUCAGGAAACAUCUCGAGUGCACCGAAGGAGUUCUCUGUCUAUGGUGUUACCAAGAAGUGUGAGGGAGAAGAAAUGUUCCUAGGUCAGUUUAUUUAUAAGAAGAUGGAAGCGACCAUUCAAACAUUUGAGCUCCAGAAUGAAGCUUCUGAAUCUUUGCUAUGUGUGAAACUUCAGAUUCUUAGCAACUGGGGACAUCCAAAGUAUACUUGUUUGUACCGAUUUAGAGUCCAUGGCAUCCCCAGUGAUCACACUUAGAGGAGCUGGUGCAGAAGGCAGGGGCUGUGCAGCCAGAAUGUCCAAGGAUGUUUAUUAUUCCCUUAUGUCAUAUUGCACCCCUAAGAAUCAAAGAUUGGGAGUGGGAGGGAAACCCCAAACUCAUUCCUACUAGGCAGUAAGAAGUGAAUGAAUUUUACUAAUAAAAAAAUGAAAGUCAAUCCAA